GCCACACAAUCUGUCAGAGAUAACUUGCGAUUAGAUACCUUCAUGAUAAUUACACUACACAUAUCACCAGAGGUGUUCCACAUGGGCACACGUGUUGCAACUUUUACAUAGUCAAACCUUCGUAGUUUUGUCAUCGGUAUAAACAUUAUGUGUAAAACAAAGAGGCCAAAAAAUUACCUUUAGGUAGUGUAUGUGUGUAGUUAUAGUGUGUGUGUAGCCAUGAGUCGGAACACGCGCGUGGGUGCGUGUGUGUCGGCGCUGCUGCUGCAGGUCAACGUGCUGCUGGCGGCGUACGCGGGCGCGGGCCUGCUGGUGGCGGCGCGGCUGUGGUGGGACCCGUCGCUGGCGGCGGUGACGCGCGCCGUGUGGCCGCGCGAGCACGCCGUGAGCAGCGCGCUGCUGCCCGCGCUGGCCGCCGCGCUGCUGCUGCUGGCCCACGCCGCCGCCGCCGCCGCCGCCGCCGCCGCCGCCGCCGCCCCGAGCCGCCGACACCUGCUGCACCUUCACCUGUGGGGCACGGUCUUUGUGCUGGUGCUGGGCGGCGCGUGGCUGGGCUGGCUGGCGGCGCGGCUGCGCGCGUGGGCGGGCUCCCCGGCUGCCGCCCCGGCGCGCGACGCCGCCGCCGCCGCCGACCACCUGCAGCCGCUGCUCGACCUGCUGGCCAAGUACCUGCCCGUGACUGACACGCUGCAGGACGUCAUCAAGGAGGCGCAGGCGGAGCUGCCGCUGCUGGCGGGUGCGGCGCGCGCGGCGGCGGCGCUGCUGGCCGCGCUGCUGCCGCUGUCCGCGCUGCUCUCCGCCGCGCUGCUGUGGCUCGAGGCGCCGCCGCGGACUGUGUCGGAGAAGGAGCGGCUGCGGGACGAGACGGAGCGCCUCUCGGUCACGUGACCCGGCGGUGGCGACCUGUGACCCCCGUGGCGCCGAUACGUGACCCCCGGGGAGGCGACAUGUGACCCCUGAGGCGUCGACCCGUGACCCGCGCGGUCCCCGAGUGAUCCACGUACAACUGGCCUCUACGAGAAUGUUCAGGGUUCAGAGACAUAGUGCAGUGAACAUUGAAUUUGUACUAAAUUGGUUACGAGACACGAGAACUUGUGUAAAGUGGCGCAGACUCUACAUAUUAAUAAUAAGUUUAUGAGAAAUCUCAUAAGUUGAACUGAUUGACAAGUUCUGUACUUACCUACUUAGAUGUGAAAGGAAAGACUCGUUAAAUGUGCUAUAUUUAAGUUUGUAGUAAAAUUUAUAUAAAAUAUAAAUA